UUUGUUUUCAAUUUUUCCAGGAGAAAAAAAAAACCAGAAGCGGAAACGAGAUCUAGCACAGACCUCUCUCGUGUUGCCGUCGCCGGAGAAGACAGCUACGAACGAAGCAAGAAGCUUCAUAAAACCCUAAAUCGAUCGAGUUUCUCAAAUUCCGUUGAAGAACAAAAACAAGAUGAACAUUUUCAGAUUAGCCGGUGAUAUGACUCACCUAGCUAGUGUUCUUGUCUUGCUUCUCAAGAUCCACACCAUCAAAUCCUGCGCCGGUGUUUCACUAAAGACUCAAGAACUCUAUGCCAUUGUCUUCGCGACUCGAUAUUUAGAUAUCUUUACGAGUUUCUAUUCAAUCUACAACACUCUUAUGAAGUUGAUAUUCUUAGGAAGUUCGUUUUCGAUAGUUUGGUACAUGAGGUACCAUAAGACUGUUCCUAGGACUUAUGAUAGGGAGCAAGAUACGUUUCGUCAUUGGUUCCUUGUGCUUCCCUGCUUACUCUUGGCUCUUUUGAUUCAUGAAAAGUUUACCUUUCUUGAGGUCCUGUGGACUUUUUCAUUGUACUUGGAGGCUGUUGCUAUACUUCCUCAGCUUGUUCUACUGCAGAGGACUAGAAAUAUCGACAACUUGACAGGACAAUACAUAUUUCUCCUCGGGGGAUACCGAGGACUCUACAUCCUCAACUGGAUCUACCGUUACUUCACUGAACCACACUUUGUUCACUGGAUAACAUGGAUCGCUGGGCUCGUUCAGACAUUGCUAUACGCUGAUUUCUUCUACUACUACUUCCAAAGCUGGAAAAACAAUAAAAAGCUGCAGCUACCAGCUUAGUCUCUAAUUUAUUUCGAUGCUUUGGGAAACAAAUUUGGUUAUAGCCCACGAGGAGUUUGGGAUUAUAGAAGAGAAAGCUUAUAUAGAAUGUGUAAACUCUUCAUCUCUCUAACUUGUUAAGUUUGUUGUACUUCUCAAAACUGUAUUUGUUCUCCUUCAAGAUUAGUAGUGGUGUAAGUUUAUUUUUAUAUAUGGAACAAUAAACAUGAUUUUGAAUGCUCUCAAAUAUAAAUAGUUAAUUUGUUGGAGUAUCCUCUUCUCAUGUA